AUGGACAACUAUCUCAACCUCAAUGGAUACUCCCACUCAGACAUCAUUGCCUUGGGCCUGUCAUCAUCAUCCACACCCUCAAUAGCAAUCACAUUCACUCGAUCAGUUCCCAUUAUCGAGGAAUAUAGGAGAACUGUUGGAGCGGUGACUUUGUUUGGAAAGAACUUUGGAUUGAAUGACUCAUUGGUCAAUGGUACACUUCAGUUCUCGGAGGAUGGAAGUACUCAUUCGGUCAAUCAUGUAUUCUUAACAAGUAGAAUGAUCAUAUAUAAUAGUUCAUUGAUAUCGGCUACGAACAACUUCACUGCUCAAGUCAUGGUCAAGGGACAAGCUUCCAAUUGGAUGAACAUCAUAUCAACUCUACCAAAGCCACUCCCAAUCAUCACCUGUACCAACAAUUCAUGUCUACAUGGUGGAGUAUGCUCUACGACCAUGGGUUGCCAAUGUACCUUCGGUUGGUACGGCAACGAUUGUUCAUCAACCAUUAUCCCAGUCAUUCCAGAUGUUGAUCCAUCAAGUCCAACCAUUAUCUAUGAGUACCAGACAUGGCUAUCUAGCAUCAAUGUGGUGAUGAUACGCGAGUUCAGUGAUUCAUCACAGCCAUACAGAGAGUAUCAUCUGAAGGACUGGACCCUGGAGUCCUCCAAUGCCUUGACAUCAAUGUACAAGAUUGAUCUGGUUAAUGGAGCAACUGUGAGAGUCAAGGUGGAAUGGUUCACAAAGGAUCAGAACAUAUCAUUCGCUGGGGAUAUCAUCCAGAUGAAGAACUCCACACUCAAGUACACCGUGAGCGUCUCAAGAUACCCAUUCAACAGUCGACUCAAUACGCUACAAGUCGUAAUGGAAGCAUCGAUCAACUCGUCAGCUGACCAGUCCUGCUCUAGGAAACAGAUUGGCAACAUUGAUGACCAGAGCAGUAUCUAUUGGAUGAAGCUCAGCCUCAACAAUGUGGAGCUGUAUGGUCAUUUCAUUCAACGGGCAGUAGUUGAUUCACGUGUGGCUACAGUGUCCAAUGUGAUUGUUUCGUCCAAUGAUUCAACGGCACACUCUGCCACCACAUUGAUUGGAAUCAAUCUGCCAUUCUUUGACAAAGAGGCUAUACUUGAUCCUGAUUUCCAAUUCCUGCUAGACCUUGACAACACUGGUAACAAUGGAGGUGACUCACUUUGUUCCAACAACAACAACAACAAAGGAAAUGGUAACAAUGGUCUUUCCACAGCAGCAUUAGCAGGAAUCAUUGUAAUGAGUGUAGUGAUCGCGUUGACCAUUGUCAUUGGAAGUCACAAUGCAUUUCAUGUCCAAACAUUGAACAAACUUGGUCUACAGCGUCGACUUAACUUUGGUCUACUGUCACUGGCUGUCGUGGGUCUGGGCUCAGCGGCAUUCCACGCCACACUACUAUAUCAGAACCAGCUUUUGGACGAACUGCCAAUGAUCAUCACUGCACUCAUCAUGCUCUACAUACUCAUAACGAUUGGCGAGGACAAGCCCACCAAGAAUGGCUACAAGGGUGGUGUGCUGGGCAACUCAUUCCUGCGACACGUCAUCCCCUACAUGCUGACGGCAUAUGGCAUCGUCAUCUCAGUGUGGAUCAUUGUGAUUCGCAAUCAGCCCAAGAUCCUGCAAGUGUCUUAUGGCGCACUGGUCAUGUACAUCAUCGGUCACUCAUUCUACAUUAUGAAGCGCAAGAACGUUGGCUACUUUAGUGUGGAGAGACGAUCGCCAGAUGUCUACCUCUACAUCUACUCGUUCGUUGCAUUCCUUGUGGGCUACGUCUGCUGGGUCACCGAGCGAAUGUUCUGUGUGGAUGGCUACGUAAUCUAUGGCGUCCAACUUCAUGCGAUGUGGCACAUUGCCACCGGUCUUGGCGUCUUUGUUUGGAUCCAGUUCCUCGUAUGCUCACUCCUGGAAGCCAAAUACUACACCGUGUCGCUGCAACACUUCUUUGGUAUCCCAUCAGUCUAUGCCGAUCCCAAGAGAGUCGAUUAA